CUGGACAUGGACCAAAACAACAACCACAAGAAGGGGCCGCGGCUCUGUAGCUACAAUCUGCUGUAUGAAGAGUCAUUGAAGACUAGCUCUCUCGCUCCAUAGACAUGCCACUACAAGUCUCGCCAUGGCCGAGCACGCUGCAAAAUGCCAUCGCCUGGAGCGAAGAGGGCACCUUUGCGCUCCUUCUUCAAGACCACGUCGCUAUCUUUGUAGGCUACCAGACGACACAAAACUAAGCUGACUUCAAGGCGCGUGAUGCAGAAGGCAAGCUGUGCAUCAGCAGGCUUCCCUACAAAGGGCAGACCCACUACUAUGGCACAUGCAUAAUGCAGUGCUCAACCGAGGACGUACACUCACUAACAGAAGAAAAUCCGGGAGUUGGCACCCAGCUGUGCUGGUCUUCUUCCCGCCUCACACGCGAUCAGUUACCAAUGUUGGCUAUUCGCACAUCCUGUCAUAGGACAGCCAUUUACCGUCCAACGUUAGACCCAAACAAGCAUGCCUGGCUCUUGACGCAUCUGCCCUACAAACUUGGACUGGAGCGUGCAGACUGCAGUCUCAAACAUGUGGAUGAUGCUCAGACAAUCAAAGAGCUCCGUCAUAUGUGCAUCACUUGGCUGCCGCAAACCCCGACGGGCCAUCAUUUUUUCGUGGCAGGGACGCAACUUGGUGAAUUGCUUUUUCAUCGCAUCACACAUGAGGAGUGCCAUGUACCUUACCGCAUCAAGGUCAGCGAUGCAGCUCUCGCGCAAGUGCACGCCACUAGUUGGCACAGCGAUGUCUUGCACUUGGCAGCUGUCGAUGCAAAGGGUGACGUUUUUGUCACUACAUUUGAUACUUCACUCGCUGUUCAGUGCGUCCUAUCGCGCCCAGUCAUUCGCGCGGCCAGCAAUGACGCCGUAUGCAACAAUGCUCGCAUCUGCGUUUUUGCAGACCAGAUUGUCGUGGUCUGCGCAUACCCAGGCAUCAUGACGAUUAUCAGCGUCAGUCUUCCGAGUAUGGCCAUCAAAAAGCAGGAUGUACCUCUUGGCUUUCUGGAUCAAACGGUGGGGCUUCUAUUAUACAUCGAUGAUCUUGAAUUGAAGUUGCUGGCGCUUGGUUUCAACGGCUCGUAUCUGGCGUUGCGCUUCAAUCAAGACAUGUCUUACCAACCAGACAGCUACCUGAGCGGUACAAUGGAUGCCUUUAUCACACAGCAGCUAGACCGUCUCGAGUCAACACGCAAACCUUCAUUGCGCUUCUUUGGCAUUUCAUCUUCACCUGGUGACCUUCUUGCAUCCAUCGCAUUCGAGGCAUUCGCUGGCAACCAACCGCGAUACCUAAUUCUUUCGCAGCAACAAACAUCUGUGCACAUAUUGCGUUUGAAAGACGCACGCAAAGGUUUGACACAGAUUGUCUCUUCCUAUCUCAACGAUUCGAUGUCUACGAGCGUUGAGCAGCUCAAGAAUCUCGCGGCAUGGUCACGAGUGGAAUUGAUGCCGCUUGUACAAGAACAGAUGGAUACUACACCAUCCGGCUCUCUACAGACAAUGCUGUUCAAAAAUCCUGCGCACAACGCCAAGCGGCUUCAGUGCUUGACACUUCACCAAGCAUCGUCGUCCACGGCGGAGACGCGGCCAUACACCGAUGUCACUUUGCUACAUUGCUUGCUGACUGCUAUCACUCAAAAUACGACGUGCCGACUCGAUACUGAUUCACUCGACAUGCUCAUGCGCUUCGCACGAUUCAUCUGCCUCUACCGCUCAAUUGACAGCAUGCUUCUCGGUUCGGCUCUCACCAUCAUCAAAAGACUGCAAGGAGAGAAUCAAGAUGUCAAAUGGCUCCAGAUAUGCUACGAUCAUGCCAUCAAAUCGCCUGGAACUACCCUACCAGACGCAAAACAGAUUCCGCCAGUAGACUCAUGCGUCAUUUGCAACGAGCCCGUGCUCGACGAAGACUCGACUCAAUACGCACACUGCGCUCGCGGACACGUUUGGCAGCGCUGUACAAUCACUUUGGCUCCUAUCAUGGUAGAGGAUAUUCGCAGCUGUCCAAAUUGCAAUGUUCAUGCGCUCGUUGUGCCCGAGGUCGGCAGAGACAACGAGACGCUUUUCCGCUCAUUGCUAAGUUCGUGCCCGCUUUGUCCACACUGCUCCAGCAAAUGGCGUCACAGGCAGCCUGAGCUUGGCAUCAUCGAACGUGACCCUCGCGGUGUCGUCAAUGAGCAGCCUGAACCGCCAGAGCUGCCACCCGAGGUGGUGAAGAAGCUUGCGGCGGAAGCUGCAAAGACUCCUGCUGCUACGUAGUAUGUCCAAGUCGUAGCAACUUGUAUAACUUAAUCAGUAGCCUUGUAGCCAUGA